GGUGCUGGUGGUGCGCUCUGCCGCCUCGGGGCUGCACAAUGGCAGUCGUGCAGUAGGAUGGAUCCUGCCGUGGCUUUUGUUCUGCAGAUCCACCCAUCCUCCUAGCAGUCCAGUACCAGGCUAUGGUUUUCUCUUUGGGGAUCUUCGGGUGUUUUGCCGGUGUCUCUGAUGAGGUUUUGGCCUCGGCUGGGAUUUCACUACCUUACUUUUCGUUUGGCUUCAUGCUGAAAAAGGGAUUUUUUUUUCCCUCUCUCCACGCUUUUGGUUCUAAUCCAAUGUUGAUCUAGGGGGAAUAACCAUUCAGCCUGGCUGAAAAAAGCAUCCAUUGAAAAAGUCUCAAAGAAAUAUACCACGUGAGGAAAAAAAACUGGGAGAAGAUCGGAAUAUAAUCAUUUUUUCUAUGAUAAAACUGGUGCCCCUCUUCAGGAGAACUGGUCUCAAUUUAUUAUUAUGCAACCACAAGGAUCUCUUCUUUCUCAGGGUGUAUAAGCUGCUGGAUUGCUUUUCGCCCAAAUCAAUGUGGUUUCUUUGGAACAUUUUCAGCAAAGGAUCGCAUAUGCUGCAGUGUCUUUGUGGCAAGAGUCUUAAGAAAAACAAGAACCAAACUGAUCCCCAGCUCAAGGGUAUAGUGACCAGGUUAUAUUGCAGGCAAGGCUACUACUUGCAAAUGCACCCCGAUGGAACUCUCGAUGGAACCAAGGAUGACAGCAGUAAUUCUACAUUAUUCAACCUUAUACCAGUGGGACUUCGAGUUGUUGCUAUCCAGGGUGUAAAAACUGGGUUGUAUAUAGCUCUAAAUGGAGAAGGCUUCCUCUACACAUCAGAACUUUUUACGCCGGAGUGCAAAUUUAAGGAAUCUGUUUUUGAAAAUUACUAUGUAAUCUACUCAUCCAUGCUCUACAGACAACAGGAAUCUGGUAGGGCCUGGUUCUUGGGGCUGAACAAAGAAGGGCAGGUCAUGAAAGGAAACAGAGUGAAGAAAACAAAACCAGCAGCUCAUUUUCUACCCAAGCCAUUGGAAGUUGCCAUGUAUCGGGAACCAUCUUUGCAUGAUAUUGGAGAAACAGUGCCAAAGGCUGGGGUCACUCCAAGUAAAAGCACAAGUGCAUCUGCAAUAAUGAAUGGCGGCAAACCAGUUAACAAGAGUAAGACCACAUAGCCAGAUCCUCACAGGUGUUGUGACUUACUGAGUCCAGAGUACAGUUGAGCGAUUUAUCCUUGCCAGACUUUCCCUCUGCAGUGUCCGUGGAUCAGCUUGAGGCAAGCGAAAUACUUGCUCUUUGCUGUUUCUGAACUAAGUUGUUGCAAGCGGAUAAAUCUCAACAUGUAGCUCCUCCCACAACAAGAAGACACCUGGAUAAACCAGCUAAACUCAGACCGUGGAAUGCCCUACCAGAUAUUGGAAUGCCUUUUUAAUAUCUUUUCUGUGACUGUGACACUUCAUGUGAAUGACAUACUUCACAAGUACACUUGAUACCUUGCCUGCUGACAAUUACCCAUAAUCCCUUUUUGAGUCCAGUUUCAGCAAAAUCCAUGUGUUUAAGUUCUAUUUUGUAGCACACAAAUAAUCAAGUAAUUUCUAGUUAGAUGCUGUAAACCUGUGCUAUUAUGGAUUUCUCUUCUCCCCUUUUUUAUAAGGCUGCUCGCUCCACUGUCUGUGAUCUUUUGCAGGGAUUGUGUUUCUCUAUAACUUAAGUGUUGCCGGUGGCUUAGUUUUGAAAGCAAUCAGGGAAUCAGGAAGCCUUCGAAAAUCUAUUACUGCAAAUUAUAUCUAUAAAGAAUAAGAUGUUGUCUCUGGCUUAUAAUAUUGAUUAAAUGUGAAUACUCUUAGUAACAGAUACUGUGCUCCUGAGGUUGGCAUUAAAGUGGAGGGAAGACUGUCAAACACCCCGAUGAUAGAAAGAUUUCCGAAAAGUGUGUUUGACAUUCCCCUGUAGUUUCUUUUUGUGUGUGUGUUUUAUACAUAUCACAGGCUUACUGGUAAUGGUAACAUUUGCCUUGCCCAGCGAGCAAGACCCACUCAUUUUUGGGAAAGUGGGUCAAAAGAACUCUGUAGGCCUUGUAGGCCUGAAUUAAGGCUCAUUUUUCAUCUACUAAAUCCUCAUUAUUUGAAAAACAACCACCACCAGUAAAAAAAAUAAGACUAACCAGAAUUGCGCUACCUAAGUCCACUUCAAAUAUAAUCCUUUCCUGUUUUUAAGGAACUGAACUUAAUGCCAUUGUUAUUUUUGGCUGAAUUCCACACAUACUCAGCAAAGCAUGGGCAAGGAUGUUGUUGUGUUCUUUUCUGCAGCACAAGUGCAAAGGGUAGUUACAAAUUAUACUUUAAUAUUUCUGGUGUUUUAAAACAAGUUUUAAAACUGGACAUAUUACAAAACUUUCUUUUUAAUUUUAGCUCAGCAUGCAAAGUCCAGUCCUAUGUAUCUCACCAAUAUCCCAGUAUGUAUCUUUACCCAGCUUCCUAGGAUAAUAUGCCCACCAAAUUGCUAGAUUAAAGGUGCCUUGCCUUGAUCUCUAUAUACUGUACCUUCUCCUACAUGAACCUAGAAGAAAACAAAAACAUGAUAAAAUUGAAGCCUUGGAUCAUAUUACAAGAAACACCAUCAACACUCUGAGUGUGUCAUUUAUGAACAAUGAAACUAAUGUUAAGGGGAAAAAUAAGAUUUAGACAAUACCACAGGGAUGCCAUUGAAGUGUUAGUUAGUUAGUCACAUGCUUUCAGAAAACUAAAAAUAUGGGUACUGUCAGUAUGCCUAAGAAGGUAUUUGCUUCUCAGAAAUGGCAACAAGGACCAAAUUGUACGUUAGUCUGGAAAACUCUGUGUGAGAACACUGUUUUGGCCUCUUGCUGUUAUCUUGAUAUUUAAAGAUAAAAAAGGAACUCUUCCAUUCCUUUUUUUAGCAUUGUAUUUCUGGCAAUUUAUUUUAUCGUAUCUUUAUGCUUAAAUCCCUAGCAGAGCCCACUGGUUAUUUCAAACUCCUAACCUGCUCAGCUGAAUAACUGAUUCAGUCUAAAUGAAUUCUUCAUGCUAGUUUUCAUGUGUUCUGUUUUUCUAAGCAACAUUUAGUACCUUAUUGAAGGAGGCUACUGUAAAGCUGCUAAAUUCUAGAUAAUUAAACUGAUUUUUUUUCUUUUUUUUUUUUUUGGAUAGGUUAGACUUCCUUGUUUGUAUUCAUAAUAUAAAAA